UGAGCUACGAUAAGCAGGGAAGCAUCUCUCUGUUUGAGGUCUCCACUGAACCAGGAACCAGACUGCUGGGGAUGAAUCAAGACGGCUGUCCUGGAAAUCUUGGACUUUGGAAAUAGAGACAUCUGCAUCAUCAGCUCCUGAGUGUGUGUUCUGUUCAAGUUCAUAUAAAAGCUCUCUGUGUACUUUGUAUGCCGGGCACAGAAAAAGCUGGACGAGUGGGACUAAAGACUUUUUUUCAGGUUUCCUUCUCCUCUGAUAGUGUCAGCAUCAACAGCAGACGGAAGAAGUCAGGACUGUGGAGCUCCAUUACCAAGAUGAUCCCUCACAUGGCACUGUGCAAGUUCUUUCCUCUGGUUCUUGUCGGGGUUGUGGUGUUUGCUGUGAGUGGGAUCUUUGGAGACCCUCUGUACGAGUGCCUCCAAGACACCGACUACAGUGAGCUCCUCGACAUUGUGGAUAGAGGACUUCCUGCCGCUAAGACACCGCGCCAUGUAGCAAUCAUCGGCGGGGGCAUCGCUGGACUGACCGCUGCAAAGUUUUUAGAAGACGCUGGACAUAAGGUGACCAUAAUAGAAGCCAGUAACCGUAUUGGGGGACGUGUAGAGACCUUCAGGAACAUUAAAGAAGGCUGGUAUGCAGAAGUGGGCGCCAUGAGGAUCCCCAGCUUUCAUAAAAUUCUGCUUUCCUUUGCCUCCAAAUUACAAAUUCCCCUGAACCCAUUCAUCCAAGACGACAUCAACACCUACUUUUUGGUGAAUGGAUUGCUACAUAAAACCUAUACUGUAGAAAACAACCCUGCUGUGCUCAACUACAGCCUGAACCAAAGGGAGAGGGGGAAGUCAGCUGCUCAGCUCUUCAGUGAGGCGCUCUGGAAGGUGAGGGAUGACGUCAAGGCGAUCGGCUGCAGUGCCAUGUUGGAUAAAUAUGAUUCCUACACAGUGAAGGAAUAUCUGGUGAAGGAGGGCAACCUGAGCCGAGGUGCCUUGAGGAUGAUCGGGGACAUCCUGAAUGAAAACAGCCUCUUCUACACAUCACUGAUAGAGAUGCUGUACAUACAGGCGGACAUCAGCGACAGUGUUGAGUACUUUGAAGUGACAGAUGGUUUCGACCAUCUCCCGAAGGCUUUCUUUCAGAUGUUAAAUGCCACGAUCCUCCUCAACUCCAAGGUCAAGCUCAUCAACCAAACAGGCGGCAGCAAUGUGACGGUAACGUACCAGGACUGGCGUAAUUCAGGCUCCCUGACCAACCUAACAGUGGACUAUGCCCUGGUUACAGCCUCAGCCAAGGCCACUGUCUUCAUUGACUUCCAGCCCCCUCUCUCUGGGGACAAGAUGGAGGCCCUGCGCUCAGUUCAUUACGCCAGCUCCACCAAGGUGGUGCUCAGCUUCAGGGAGCGGUUCUGGGAGAAAGAGGGCAUCAGAGGAGGGAAGAGCAUCACAGACAGGCCCGCUCGCUUCAUCUACUACCCCAGCCACAGCUUCCCCGGUACAGCUGCAGGGGCCCUCCUGGCGUCCUACACCUGCUCUGAUGACUCCACCCUCUUCCAAGGGCUGACCGAGGUGGAGCUGAUGGCCGUGGUCCUGGAGGACUUGGUGAAGAUCCACGGAGAGCACAUCAGGCCUCUGUGCACAGGGGGGCUGGUGAAGAAGUGGGGCUUGGAUCCUUACAGUCUGGGAGCCUUCGCCCUGUUCACACCCUACCAGCAGGGACACUACGCCAGAGAACUGUUCCAGAGGGAGGGACGGGUGCACUUUGCAGGAGAACACACAGCAAUGCCACAUGGGUGGAUUGAGACUGCCAUGAAGUCUGCACUCAGGGCAGCUAAAAAUAUUAACAGCCUUACAGUUUAGUUUCAUGUGUAGCAAAUAUUUUGCUUUCAUACGUCCCUUUGUCAUCAAUGAUUGUCUAACACAUUGGUUUUAUCUUGUAAAUACUGGUGUAUCAUUAACCCCCCUUUAUAGCCCAUUUUAGGGCCGACGUCACAUUGAUGUCAUUUUGUUAGCUGGAGGUGCAGGCGUGCAGCUGCCUCUCCCCCAC